GUGAACAAAAAUUCCUGCUAUGCUGGAAACAUAACAGCAAUGGAGGUGAUGCUUCAAAAAGCCUCAUGGUCAGACUGUCAGCUCAAAGGGAACGACCCGAGCCCUUCAAGUGCUGACCCGGGCCCUUCAAGUCCCGUCCCUGGCCCUUCAAGUGCCGACCCUGGCCCUUCAAGUGCCGACCCGGGCCCUGCAAGGAGGUUUAGGAAGUACAUGGACCUUUGCACUAGAAGCACUGGAGUUAAGUUUAUAAAUGUAGAAGAGAGACAGGAGCCCCAUGUAAUUUUUCCAGGAAGACAAAAAUGUUUGAAUAGUUCAGAACCAGUUCCUGUAAACUUGCCAAUAUUUAUACAUGGUACAGGAAGAUGUGAAAAUGCAAUGCCUGAAGGUUUCCAACCCUUAGAUGUAGAUUAUCGGGAAGACGAGUCAACGGAUUUAUGCACAGAAAGUGAUUCAGAAGAGGAGGGGAUGGUACAACGGAAGCUUGAACUAGAGUCGGCGGAUUCAAGGGUGGAUGUUUGUGAAGAAACACAGGCCUCAGAACUGCAGGAUCACACACAAAGAGAACCAAAAAAUGAUGAACUUAUAACUAUUAUACCAGAAACACGAGAUUUGGGCAAUGUAGAAAACUUGGAGGAUGCAAGUGAAUCGGGGGAAAGUACAAGUAUUGAAGAAUAUGCCUCGCCCUUGAAAGAUGACAACACUGAGGCUCCCAUACAAAAAGACUCUUCAGAUGUAGAUAGUAGCCCUGAAGAAAGGCAAAUUUCAUAUAUGGCAACUGGCCAGUCCAAAACCAAGCAUAGAUCAGUUAAAUACCCUAAAAGAGCCUUACAUGAACAGUAUUCAACAUCACCAGAAGAAAAAAAUCGCCAGCCACGAAAACGGUUCCAACCAUUGAAAAAUAAGAAAAGAUCAAGAUUUGCUUGUGACAUGAGCUCACCGCAAAGUAAAAUAGUGAUCCAAAGGUCAAUAUCAACAAAUCCUGAUGGGAAUCAUGUCCUUCAAGGAGCCUCAAGUGUGAAGCCUACCAGAACUACAAAGAGUGAAGAGGAGUACUGUCUUCCCACAGUUGGAAGUAAACUAGGAGAUCAAAAAAGAAAUGAAAAAUCCCCAAGAAAAAUCAAGCCAUAUAAACCUUAUACUCGUUUCGAGGAUGAGGUGAUAUUAAAGUGGAUUGAUAAACAUCGGCUGCACACAGCUGUGGGUGGCCUGUUAAUGUGGCGCACCAUGCAGAAUGCAGGUGUUUUACAAAAUCGUACCAUGUACGGAUUAAAAGAGCGCUUUCAAAAGCGUAUUCUUCCGCGCAUCGACACUUACGGCCUCUCGGAGGAGGCCGUGAAAAGGUUUAAAGGGCACAGAAAAGCCAGGUAAAUUAAGAUCGGAAGCACUUCCCAUGACUUACACUAAGAGAGAUUAAGAAAUUGAAAGUCAAAAUGAGGAAAAAAUUAAAAGGAAAAAUAAAGAUGGAGAGAAACGGUCUAGGGACAAUUACUGUAAGCCAUCUAGAACUGAUCAUAUCCAAUCACCACAAGGAAACCUAAAAAGAUAUGUGGCAAAGAGAAAGUUGUUUAAGUUUGGUGAAGUGGCAAAACUUACUCCACAAGCUCUCUUCGUUAGGAAUGGAGUUGGAAGUGCCAUCAUACAACAUAAAUUCUUGAGUAGAAGAAUCAAUUCAAGUUCUGAAGAGGAACAAAAGAAAUGCACUUCAGAUGAGGCUAGUGCAAGGAGCCCUCAUAGACCACAAGAACAGAGCCCUCAUAGUCCACAAGAACAGUCAUUACUUAGAGCAGAUAUAUCCCUAGAAGAGGAAAAUUUACAUAGUAACUCUGGAGAAAAUAUUGAUAUAACUGUUAUUGAAAGGUCACACAUGAGUGAUGGGGAAGGAAGUGGUGUGGAUUAUUCUAGAAAUCAGCCAGUAGCCAACAAGAGCCUCUCAGAUUUAGAAGAUGAUAUUUCUAGUACAAAAAUUAAUGACAGAUCCAUGUCUCCAGUCACUUUCAAUUGGUGCUAUGUGGUGAAGAAUCAAUGAUGAUUAUGGGGUGUACCUUUGGUGGUCCACCUGACAUGGGUAUGUGUGUGAGGCCAGUGUGUUCUUGUUAUUUUUCUGAGUGGUGGUGUUGUUGGUCUAAUUUUUCAUCUUAUUUUUGUUAUUAUU